AUGAUAGUACAUGCGGUGCAGGUGGGCAAGGCAACUGGGAAUGUAAGUACUGAAUUAGGAUGGCUUAAGGAGCAUUUAUCAGGUAAGUACACUGAACAGAUUCAUAAUACGCAGGGACUUCAAGAGCAACUCAAGGAGUGGAAGACUACACUAACUCACAUAGAGAAACACGUUGAACAUAUAAAAAGUAAUGUUAAUAAAUUAGAUAAACCUUUGCACAGUAGCAUCACACGUAAAAUAGAACCACUUAGCGCGGCAGUGAAAUUUUUGCUUAACUCUGCAAAGAGCGUGGGCUUAGAGCAUCAGGUGCUUAAGGUGGACACUGAACUGCUGACCCAACGAGCAAACAUGGAAAAUGCUAUCAGAAUGGAGAGCGUGAAGGUCGAAGAUACUUUGAAGGCACAAAUCGAAAGGAUUGGUAACGCUAUUACCACGCUGAAAGGGACUAAGGAAAGGCAUUUUGAUGAGAUUAGUGCGGCUCUCCGGGUAGCGAAAGAAAAUGUUGAUAAGUAUUACAAGGAAUUCGAGAAGGAGUUUAAAGACAAAAUUACUAGGCAUUUUGAUGAGAUCAAAAAUGCGUUACAUGACGUCGAUAAGGAUUCGCCAUUCGGCGGAGACAAGGUGAAUACCAGGCUGAACAGAGAUGUUACUGCUAUUAAGACGGUGCUUCUGAAGGUUGGCGACGAGCUCAGCGGACAUGUUACAAAUUUGGAGGAGAAAAUUAGCACGGCGGCUGAGACUAUGGACAGUGCCUUGUUGAAGGUAGAAAGCAUAUUGCAAGAAGUCGAAGGUGAGAAAGCGGUAAAUAAGCGUGCCGUUGACACUGCAGUUCCAAGUUUGAAAGAGCGGACGGAACAGUGUUAUGUGAAGUCCAAAACGGAGGAACUUAAGGGCUACGCCCACGAGGCCUGUGAAAAGCUGGAAAAGCUGGCCAACGCAGUAGAGAAGAUGGUGGAUGAGACCUUUUCGAGUGUUCAAGAAAACUAUUUGGCACUGAUUCAGGGAGUGAGUGCAACCGGGUUAAGUAGCACUGUUCAAUUCACCGGUUCGCAAUUGCAGCAGUGGAAUCAGUCAGCCGAACAGAUGCAUAGCAUCGGACAGAAUGUUGACGGGGUUAUCAAGCAGCAUGGACAUAAAUAUUCCGAGUUGUUGCAAACAUUACAAACUUCGUCGCCGCUAAUUCGGAUGCAGCAGUUGCACCGAGAUCUUCCAGGACUUCGAGCGUUCCUUCAGAAGCGUUCGUCCGCCGCUAAUGCGACAGAUGUCACACGACAUCAUCAAACUCUAAGUAGUUAUGCAUCUGCCACAAAAUUAAUGACGAACGCAUUUGUAGAUUCAUUGAUAGUUGAAAUUCAGAAUGCCGUACAUAGCGCUGCCACUUUAUCUGUUGAUUCAGAUGUGCAACAAUUAACUCAUUCUCUGGGCAUUGCUUUACAGAAUGCAUCACAGUUUGCGCACGCACUUCAGUCACUUGAUACGAAGCGUGUGAGGAGUAGUAGAGUCAGUAUUUCUGAAAUUUCUCGUCAAGUUGGCAUUUUGAUGCAAAGCGUACAACACUUUCAUAUUAGCUUUACUCGUGGUAAAACAUUCAUUCAAGAUUUCGAUAUUGGCAUUUCUCAAAACUUCAACAGGCUCCUCCAAUCUGUUAAGAACGCCGCAGAUGAAAAAAGUGGCCUCCAGCAAAUUUUGACAGCGUUUAAAACUGACCAGAUUGGUCAUAAAACAAAUGUGUCUGGUAGCGUUGGUCAAGUUCACCAAGAACUUAAGACUCUUCAUACGAAGGAGUUCACCGAACAGUUGAGCGGCAGAUCUACCGGCAGCAUAACUAGCAGAAUACAAAGUGCCAUAAAGACUGUCAUUGAUAUUGUUGGAGAGCUUGAGAAGGCGCCGCAAUGCGUUGAUCGAAAAAAGGAAGAGAUGGGAAAACUAAUGGAUUAUAUUAAAGAACAAUUUCGCCUUCUCCAAGGCAAUAUAAGUUUUAUUUGCCAGAAAGUGCACCUAGCCCAGAAGGCGCUGAGUAAGGCGAUACAGGAUCUCCUAACCACACUAAAUAGUGCGUAUCGAAAUUGCAACGAUGCGCUCUCAAAUCUGAAAAAUGACCUCCUCGAAACAACCAAUAAAGCCUUCCAAACCCUCACCUCCGCCAUCCAAUCCCUCUUCUCCGCCUCCCACGCCGCCGACCUCCAGGCCCUGCGCGCGCUCGUCGACCAGCAACUGCGGGAAGUGCAAACGAUAAUCGCGCGGGACGCAGUCACGGGCGUGAAGGGGAUGCUGAAGGUAUUACGUGGCGUUCCUAUUACUGCUAAAAGUGCUGUAGAUGACAAAUAUAAUUUGCUUCAUAUUCUAAAAACAGUUGUGCCUUCCACAGAUCUAAAGGCCGAGGAGUAUGCAACAAAAUUCUCCGAAGCAUCAAAAUGUUUAAGAAAUUAUCUAGAUCCAUUUGUAGAAUACAUCGAAAGCCAGGCAAAAAAUCCGCCUAAAAAUGAUGGUCAACCGCCGCUUCCCACUGAGCAAUCUGCUAAAGUCCGUGGCAUUCAAAAUGCCGUUGAUGAUUUACUCAAACAUCUCAGUCAUCAUGAAGAGAGGCGUAUUGAUAAAGAUACAUCUGUAAAGCGUAUUUACAUUUUUGAUGACUUAUUCACUACACUUCUUCACAAUCUUUCCUCCUCCAUCUCCUCCCUCUCCCCCUCCACGUUCCACGGCUUCCACAAUCCGCUGCUCCUCGACGCCCUCAGGCGCGGCAUGGGCAAUUUCACCGAGAAACUCUCCCGCGCGUACGUGAACGCUUAUAGCGGGAAGACGUUUACUCAAUUAGUGAUUCCCAAAACGGACAAUGAUCCUCAAUCCUCCGACAAGUUAUCCACCGAGGGCCGCAACUGCGCCAAGGUCUGCCUGACCAUACUGGAGAGGGUGAGUGAGGACUUGAUGAAAUUAAAAGAGAGAUGCAAAUAUGAAUGGCAUUCGAAAGAAAUCCACCGCAUUAGCGGACUUGGCGCUUUUUUGAAAGAUUGUGGUUAUAUUGUGUCUAAUAGGGAUAAGCAGGACGGUGAGCUGAGGCGUCAUGAAAAUAUGACGGGCAAUCAUAUACUUCAGAAACUUACUGCUACACUUGCGAACAUCGGUGAAAUUAAUAAGCACCUGAAGGAGUGUGAGUCAAACAAAAAGAAUGGCACCGAUACGCAGCCACAAAAUGAUGAUGUCAAAGUCUUUGCCAUCCUUUCGUGCCUCAUCACUCACUUCAGUGAAUACAAUAAAGUCGGCCACAUUGCCACUUUCUCUGCUAAAAGAACACCAUGCUCCGUCUAUGAGAUGCUCUCCUGGUGCUGCGGUCUCGAGUAUAACAGUGCUUACUCAAAGAUGCAGCAGCAUUGUAAGACGUUGCAUCAGGCGCUAGAAAAGGAAGAAAAAGAAAAUGAGAAAAUGAAAGAUGUCAAUGCGUAUUUGAAAACUAUAUUGUCCAAAGUAGCAGAGCAUGGCUUGCCGUAUCUAUCUAGCAAUUCACGUAACUUGCUAACCGCUAUCGCCGGCCACGGUGAUGCAGAGACAUUUUACGGCUGUGAGUUCUCCAACAAUUCCCUUUCGCUCAAAUACCCUGGCAGUGGAGCAGAGUGUCUUGACAUGCUUCUAGAUAUUCUCCGUCGUUUGUUCCUGCCACUUAGAUUCCUGGACGCUCAGUGUAGUCUAUCAAACAAGCAUUAUGGCUGGGCCAAUUGCCAAUAUGGCAAGGACAUCGCUCCAGUCAACUGGCCAUGCAAGGACCAUUCAACCAACAAACCAAAUGGACAGUCAGCGUCUAAACCAACUUGCCAGGCAAAUGACCAACCAAAUGGUCAACCAAACUGCCGACCAACUUCACCUUUAAUGUCCUACUUAAAUGACUGCUUGCCGGGUCACUUGCCUCAUCAGUUAACCGAUGCCGGUUGUAAGUCAUCGUGUUCCACCUGUAAGACAGCUGCACGUGGCGUGCCUUGCUUGACGCCACUUGGCUUCAGAGGUUUCUCUGGAAGUACGCGCCUGGGCAAAGAGCUAUGUAACGUGCUAACCAAAAUGCUCGAUGACGCUGAACUCAGAUCCCUAUUCUGCCUUAAACCGAAAACGCCGGCUACGCUGCCCGAACAUUUCGGAUUUGUGCUGUCCAUGGUAAGGGGAUGGGAUCGCAAAAGAGAGCAUUCGAUGCUCACAUGGUUUGAUGAAUCUAUUACCAAGCAAUCCAUUGAAUUAUACAGUGACAAUGCGCUCACCGGCGCGCUUCGUGAUGCAUAUGGCAGCAGUCAGAGCACUCAUGAUGCUAAAAAGCAUCAGACUAGACCAGUUAAAGACGCAUACAAUGAACCUUCAAAGGCCGACGUGUCCAGUCUGUCUAUGACUAUUACAUGCCCUGGUGAGCAAUGCGCUCCAUAUGUUGCAUCACUCUGUGGCGAUACAUAUGCUUACUUUGCUGAGAAGCAUUGCAACACAUAUUUGUCAUGGGCCAUAUAUCUCCCAUGGACAUUUUGGGAUUUACUCAACAAUUUAUACAAUGCUUUCUGUGAAAUCACUUGCGCAGAUUGGGGAUGCAGAGGAUGCCUCAGAGGGGACAAGUGCAAGAGUGGCAAGCAUGGCGUCGUGGAGGAUGAGAAGAAUCAAGAUGCCACAUGUCAGUGUGAUUCUAUAGUGAAAUGCAGAGGCGUGGCACCGACGCUCUACCAGUAUGGAUUCACGUUUGGCGAGGCGUCGACGUUAAAUAGUGGUAGCACAGUGAAGAAGUGUUCCGAUUUCUGUAGUCAAUUGAGGAAUGUGCUGCACUCGGAAUAUUUCCAGAAGCUAUUCGAGGAAUGUGACAAUUUCCUGAAAGCAAUAAGAUGGCCAUUUAUGCUAACGUUGUUAGCCCUCUGGUCCCUCUCUUUGCUCUACCUGCUGCACAUCGCCGUCGUCCGCCUCGACGUCCUGAGGAUACGCUCCCACCUGCGCUCGCCCUCAAGCCACCGCAUCGCCGCGCAGUCCCUCCUCGCCGCCGCACGCGUCAAGGCACUCGCCAACGUCAAGUACUUCUCACCAUAA